UGGGUGAAAUUGCAGGCUUCGGUGAUCUAGGGGAAAGUCUGCGAUAUGAGAGCGACUUGGCUUAUUUGUGCCGCCAUAAUAUUAUGUGCUUUGGAAGCACGCGCAGAGCUAAGAUGUGACACCGGUGUCUUGCACCUUGACCAGUGUUAUAUAUUUGUCAACAUGUCUAAAACAUGGUCAGAAGCACAGCAGGACUGUGUGGAUAAAAACGGCCACCUUGUCACAGUGGGGUUUCAAGAUGAACAAGAUUUUCUGGAGAACUUCGUGUCACUCACCGUCUCUGGGAAGACCGACUCUAACGGUGCCGUCAUUAAUGCGGUCUUCAUUGGCGCCUCUGACGGUUGGAAGGAGGGAGACUUUCGAUGGGUGGAUACAGCCGAGUUGACUCCUACAGCCGGGGACUUUUGGUUACCAGGACAACCUGAUGACGUAGACCACACGCAGAACGGACUGUGUCUGGACACCUCUUCCGGCAGCGCGGGAAAAUGGAGGGAUUGUGAUGUUAAUAUGAGGAGACCUUAUAUCUGUGAAAUGCCAGCGACAGGCAGGUGCGACCAGCCUCCACUGAUAAUCCCACCCAACACCACCGACGUCCUGUGUAUAGACAUCAUCAACCCGUCUCGCACGGGGCGUGCACUGGGGGCGUCACAGUGUGGCUUGACGGUUGACAUGGCGUAUACCAAUAACGUACGUGAUUUCAUCUGCCCCGGAACGUUUACAAUUGAAAGGAACUGGACUGUGACUGACAGCAAUGGCGAUAAAAGUGCAGCGGUUCAGAACAUCAAGGUCAACAACAUAGCGCCAGAAAUUAUCGUCCCUGAUGACGUAACAGUUUCUUGCUAUGAAAUGGACAAACUAACGCCACAUCUGAUUGGCUGGGCGAAUGGCACGGCUGGGUGUCCAGGGAACGGCCUCAGUAUCGUUUAUAAAGACUAUAAGAAUCUCUCCUGUCCAAAUAGAGAGUGA